UCGUACGACCUAAAAACAGUGAUGCAGUCUGAAAUGUAAACAUCCGGGUCACGUGACUUAUGUCAAAAAUCGUCUGUAUCUAGAUGACAAGAUGUCCGCUACAAAAGUAAAAACAAGCAGAAAGAGUAAUUGGCAAGUAAACGAAGUCAGCGUCCUUGUCAACGGAUGCACAGACAAUGUGUCUACCAUUUAUGGUAGGCACGGAGACACAAGUGAAAAGGAAAAGGUGCAGUUCUGGAGGGAUAUUUGUGAAAGAAUUAACAGUAUUGGAGGGUCAGACAGGUCGGUAGAGGAGGUCACAGAUGAAAAAAUGGAAGGAUUUGAAGAGUCAGACAAAGAAGAAGGAGCAGAUCAGGAGGAAGGAAAUGGGGAAGACAGGUGGAGGUGGGGCAGUGAAUUCACUGAGAGAUUGGGAAGAGAAGAUAAUAUCAGUAAUACCUUCUGCCGUAAUAGAUGGACUCAAUGAUGGACAGGACAUUAAAUUCAAAAAGAAUGCUGAAGGUGUCGGGGAAACAUGUGUGCAACCAAGUACGAGUGAGACCGUUGUGCAGGUGGAGGGGGAGGAGACAGUGGUAAUCCACCCAAGUACUAUUCAUGUACAGGUUGAAAGCAGGAAAGAAGUUGUAGAUGAAGUGAGAGACAGCAAGAAGAGGAAAAGAUCAUUGACUGAGUUAGAAAAGGCUCAGUUAAACUUCUAUGAAGAAAUCACUGCACUUUGCAGAAGUCAGAGGAAGGUUGCAGAGCAGCAAGUGAAAACCCUUGCUGUGCAAGAGGAGUUUUUUAAGUUAGCAACCAAGACACUGGCAGAAAAGAAUGAUUUGUCCGGCAUCCUGGAUCUUUUUACAGAACAAUAACAGAGGACAGCAUAUAAAGGAGGAUGAAAUUUCAUGUACACAGUUUAAAACUGAGAUAUUGUAAAGUAAAUCUUGUAGCACUUA